CUCGAGUGUUCGACUGUCGGGAGCAGCUAGUCAGUGCGUCGUCAGCCUCCGCGUUGUCGCGUCCGAUUUUCACCCCUCUCCACUCUCUCUCUAGUCUUCUUCUUGUUUCCUAGCCUUGCCAAUUCAUUUGGGGGAUUUCCGGAGCGCACGGAUGUUGCGUCCGAGUCGGUCGAACCUCUCGCCAAGUGAAAACGAGUCGUUUCUACCGCGGCAUUCGAUUAACGAUUCGCUCCGUUCGUUAAUUCCACGGCGUACACCGCCGCGGCCAGUGACAGUUAACCAAUUCUUUCAGAGGGAAAGGACAAGGACUGAUUAGCUACCGCGAAAGGAGGGUGUUUGUGCGCGCCCGUUGAUUCAUAUUGAAUCAAUGCCGAAUUAAUAUCGCGCGACGCGCCGUUUUUAGCGUUACUUUCUUUUUUCUUUUCUUUUCCUUUUUUUUCGUAUCGUCGGAGGGCCAGUUGGUUAUGAGUCAGUGACGAUGAGUUUCUUCGUGCGGAGCUGCUGAUUUUACUGGCGGUGCACGAGAACCCCGUUCUGUAGAUACAGAGAUAUCUCCGGUGAAACAUAAGAAGUCGUGCCUUGACGUCAUGUGCCACUCAAACCGCCAGCAUUAUUGUCACAAUCGCCAGCCCGAUCGUCCGGAAACAGAGAAUCCUUGAGCGUUUAGCGAGGCGCGCGCGCGCGCGCGCGUUCCCCGGCAAAAGUGAUCACGGAAAAGCGGGAUCCCCGUUCUGUGACAAUGAAGAGGACCGUGGCGACAGCACCGAAUUAUGAAAAAGCGAGCCGAGCAAGACCGAUGGUAUAGCAGGGAUGAAAAUCUAUCGAGGAACACAUGUACCAGACCAGCCUCGCACGAGACAGGAGCGUCUCGUCUGGGCUCGGAGAUCGAAAGUAAUUUUAAAUAUUAGAAACGACACUCAAAGGGAAAAUGGAGCACAAGCAGACGAUCAUGCUCGCACCUGCGCUGAGCAACAGCAGCUGCUGGCGGAGGGACACGUCCGAGGCCGCUUGGACCGCGCCGGGAUUAGGGGAAUUGCUGCGAGCCACGUUAAUACUUUCGCUGAGCCUCGGCAUCCUUUGCGCAAACCUGCUGGUGAUCUGCGUCAUUAACAGCAGACGAUACAGCAAAUAUAUUCAUGCACAGCCGAGAUAUUUGCUGACAAGUCUGGCAAGCAAUGACUUGGCGAUUGGACUCCUGGUUACUCCUUUCGGUUUCCUGCCAGCUGUUUACGGAUGCUGGCCCUACGGUGAAGUUGUCUGCCAAAUUCAGGCACUCCUUCGAGGAGCCUUGACUCAACAAAGUGCCGUUAUUCUCGUCUGCAUGGCAAUUGAUCGUUACGUUUGUAUGCUGCAUCCUCACCAUUAUCAUAAGCACGCAUCUAAAAAGUAUUACAUGCGGCAGGGUUGCGUGGCCGUGAUGUCAACUACGUGGAUAGCGAGCGUGGCGAUUUUCGGUGCACUCGUGCUUCCAAGAGGUGGUUAUUACUUCAACGGUUCCGGUCUACUCGCCUGCGACCCAUUCUUCGCCAGAGCAUCCCUUAGGAUCCUGGCGUGCUGCUGUUUUUACUUUCCUACGACGAUGGUGUUGAUGUACUGCUACGGUUCAGCCUUCCAUGUUAACAAACUGCGCCUCAAAAGGGUGGUUUGCAUUAAUACCCCGGAAGUCGUUAGGGGAGGCCACAUGGAGAGGCUUGUAGAUCACGAAAGGCGACUGUCAACUUCUGCCUCAAGGACAAUGGCUGCGAUGAGUUUAGGAUUCAUUGUUAUGGUCACACCAUGGACGAUUCAGGAAGUUGUCGCAGCGUGCACCGGAAGCAAACCACCGCCAUUCCUCGACUUUCUCGCCACGUGGCUCGCUCUAUCCAACAGCUUUUGGAAUCCAUUUCUAUACUGGCUGUUCAACAAUCAUUUUCGCCGGAUUUCUAGAGAAAUCCUUUACACUAAAAUAUUAUGUAGACCAAAGCCAUUGGGAUCGAAACAACACUGUUGCGCAACCAGCACUGGCGGUCUUGACGUUUGCAGCAUGGCCGGUGUUGAUUUAUCAGGUUUAGAACGCUGUUCAAUGGAUCGGUGUUCAAUGGCUCGGUGUUCCUCUUCAUCAUUAACUAAUACGCUACCGCUCCCAUGGGAAACUGGACACAUAGCACAUAGCGAUGCCACGCCUACGUGAGGUCGGAAUGCUGCCACGCAGACAGAGGAUUUAAGAUCCCCGACGCAAGUUAGUUAGUAUAGCGUGGCGGCAGAGUGGCACCCAACGGUUCGUGACGUUCACCAAGUACAAUGGUCAUCCGAAAAUUUUCGAAACAAUUCAUCUUCCUUGCUGCGCGUGUACCGGCCGCGGUUCGUCGCGGCGGAAGUUGAAGAAACGGCACAAAUUCAACGCGAUCAUCGACUUCGCUCAGAGUGUGCUCAUGUGAAGAGCAUGCCCGAUCUGAUUCUAGACCUUGAACAUAAUUAAUAUAUAAUCUCAGGUACUUACAUCGUAUUAAAUAUAAGGGAGUUGGGUACGUCAGAGAGAGAGAGAGAGAGAGAGAGAGAGCUUCGCCGAAUCAAAGCGAGUUCGUCGGUGACCCUUACUACUACCUAUAAAAGUGAUUACAAUUUUAUAUUAUAGGGUAUCUCGUCGUUCGAUCGAACACGAUGAAGCAACCCGUUCCUCCGGAUCGGUGGAACCGCGGUUUUUCUCGUCGUAUCGAAUCGGAGUCAAAGUAACUGCCUUCGGCACUAAAUACCAAAUGAAUAAAUAAACCGUAGCUAAA